GCUCAGGCGCUGGGCGGCGCUGCCACGGCUGGGCUGGGCUCCGGCUCCGGCUGCAGCUCCUGUGGGGGUGGGCCGCGGGGAUGACAGCAGCGGGGGUGGCAGCGGCUGCCGCACAGGGCUGAGCGAGCGGCGAACGAGCCGGGGGGGAAGAGGAGGAAGUGGAGCCGGAGCCAGGAGCUUCGGAGUCAGCCGCCGCGCCGAAGUCCGCCCCAUUUUGCAGAGCGAGCGGAGUCCGGACCUGGGAAGACUUCCCCGCGGGGCUCCGGCCGCGGCGGCUGCGAGCGUCCUCGCCUGCGCCUUGCCCUGCCCCGCCUGCCCCAGCCAGAGGUUCUGCGCCGGGACGCUCCCAGUCCCGCGAUCUCGGGCGUUGUGGCCGGGAAGCCCUGAGCCCCCAACCCGAUUCAAGUGCACCUGGGCGGGACGCUCCCGGCCCACCAUACGGGUCCACGGUUGCGGGCUCGCUCCCAGCCUUUCUAUAGUGUGUAUCGGAGCCCUCCGCCCGACACCGGGGUUGAGGCAGGUGCCCAGCAGCACCCCCGGCUGAGUGCAAAGGGGCCCAGAAGUCCCCAGCGUCGGGCUCCCGAGACCUGAACCUUCAGCUGCCUUCGCCCCGGUGCUUCGGACUUGGGACUGUGCGAACGCCCAGGAAGCCCCGGCCCGGCUCCAGAGCCCUGUGAGGAGUCCCAGGCGGGCUGGGCAGUCGGACUGAGCAGGACCGAGCUGGUGCUGCGAGCCGAAGCUUGCCACCUUUUCUGCCGCCUCGGACGAGGGGCUCAGCGCUUGCCCCGAAGAAGGGAGCACCGGGCUCCCCCCUUGGCGCGGCGCCGGCGAUAGCCGAGAGCUGCAGGUGCGUACGACGUGUUUAUCCGUUCGUCUGUUCCUGGACGCUUGGAUUGUGGUGAAGAGUGGGAGUUUUGAAGGUGAACGGGCCUGGUUCGAGCCCUGGCUUCCGGCAUCGUCUGAGCUCUGUCCCAGGGAAGUGACAUUACCACCUCUGUGGACAGGACAUCCUCAGGAGCCCUGGUCACAGCCACUGAUACCUUCUUCCAGGAGCUGCCAGGGGCCUCCAUGGGCGCCUGAGGGCCAGGCGCCGGGGCGGCAGGCGAGAGUAUGGUGAGACACCAGCCGCUCCAGUACUAUGAGCCCCAGCUGUGCCUCUCCUGCCUCACGGGCAUCUACGGCUGCCGCUGGAAGCGCUAUCAGCGGUCCCAUGAUGACACCACGCCGUGGGAACGCCUCUGGUUCCUGCUCCUCACCUUCACCUUCGGCCUCACACUCACCUGGCUGUACUUCUGGUGGGAGGCCCACAAUGACUACGAUGAAUUCAACUGGUACCUCUACAACCGCAUGGGCUACUGGAGCGACUGGUCAGUGCCCAUCCUCGUGACCACCGCUGCCGCCUUCACCUACAUCUCGGGCCUCCUGGUCCUGGCACUAUGUCACAUCGCUGUGGGGCAGCAGAUGAACCUCCAUUGGCUGCACAAGAUAGGGCUGGUGGUCAUCCUGGUGUCCACAGUGGUAGCCAUGUCAGCCGUGGCCCAGCUGUGGGAGGACGAAUGGGAGGUGCUGCUCAUCUCCCUGCAGGGCACAGCACCAUUCCUGCACGUCGGGGCCCUGGCCGCCAUCACUGCGCUCUCCUGGAUCGUGGCAGGACAGUUUGCCCGGGCAGAACGGACCUCCUCCCAGAUGGCCAUUCUCUGUACCUUCUUCGCCAUUGUGUUUGCCUUGUACCUGGCACCUCUCACCAUCUCCUCUCCCUGCAUCAUGGAGAAAAAGGACCUGGGCCCCAAGCCUGCCCUCAUCGGCCACCGCGGCGCCCCCAUGCUGGCCCCAGAGCACACGCUGAUGUCCUUCCGGAAGGCCCUGGAGCAGAAGCUGUAUGGGUUACAGGCUGACGUCACCAUCAGCCUGGAUGGCGUGCCCUUCCUCAUGCACGACAACACCCUACGUCGAACCACCAACGUGGAGCAGGAGUUCCCGGAGCUCGCCCGCAGGCCCGCCUCCAUGCUCAACUGGACCAUCCUGCAGAGGCUCAACGCUGGCCAGUGGUUCCUGAAGACGGACCCCUUCUGGACGGCCAGCUCCCUCUCACCCUCCGACCACAGGGAGGCACAGAACCAGUCCAUCUGCAGCUUGGCGGAGCUCCUGGAGCUGGCCAAGGGCAAUGCCACUCUGCUGCUCAACCUGCAAGAACCACCUCGCGAGCACCCCUACCGCAGCAGCUUCCUCAAUGCCACGCUGGAUGCCCUGUUGCGCUCUGGCUUCCCCCAGCACCAGGUCAUGUGGCUGCCCAACUGGCAAAGGCCCUUCGUGCGGAAGGUGGCUCCUGGUUUCCAGCAGACAUCAGGCUCCAAGGAGGCGGCCGCCAGCCUGUGGAGAGGCCACAUCCAGAGGCUGAACCUGCGCUACACUCAGGUGUCCCGCCAGGAGCUCAGGGACUACGCGUCCUGGAACCUGAGUGUGAACCUCUACACGGUCAACGCGCCCUGGCUCUUCUCCCUGCUGUGGUGCGCGGGGGUCCCCUCCGUCACGUCCGACAACUCCCACACCCUGUCCCAGGUGCCUUCCCCACUCUGGAUCAUGCCCCCCGAUGAGUACUGUCUCAUGUGGGUAACCGCGGACCUGAUCUCCUUCACGCUCAUCAUCGGCAUCUUCGUGCUCCAGAACUAUCACUUGAUCAGGUGGCGCCUGGGUGGCAUACGGAGCUACAACCCCGAGCAGAUCAUGCUGAGUGCUGCAGUGCAUCGGACCAGCCGGGACGUCAGCAUCAUGAAGGAGAAGCUCAUCUUCUCAGAGAUCAGCGACGGCAUGGAGGUCUCCGAUGAGCUCUCUGGAUGCUCAGACCACAGUUACGACACAUACACCACCAGUGCUUCCACCCCUGCGGAUCACCGAAGGAGUGGCAGCCACACCAAGACUCUCAUGGACCGGAGUGGGCGUUAGCUGAAACCCGGUCUGUCCCAGCCUGAACCUAACGUGGAGAUCAGGGAACCCAUAAGAGCUGGCAGAAGCAUGUCUGCAUGGGGAGUGCCCUGGGAGCUGGCUCCACCGCCUCCUCAUUGGCUCCAGCCCUCUGUCAGCCAUGGCCUCCCCUGGAGGAGGAUCCCCUCUCUCCUGAGGCCCACCUGGGUCAGGACUCCAACCUUGCAAAUGCCCCUGCAGGCCUGGGGCUCCUUCUGGAAAGUUUGGGGCCUGGGGCCUGGCCCUCCCCUGGAGGCCUUCCCUUAUAUCCUGAUCUGGAAGGUUGCUGAGUCACUGGGCUAUGCCCUGGCCCCUGUGGCAGCUGAGAAUGUGGAUGUCCACAUGUCUAUGCUCAGAGGCAACUGACUUCUGCAUGUCUCCUGCCUUGAGGGCCUGGGCUAGGCCUCUGCCCCCAGCAGCUCUGUUCUUCAUGUCAGUCUCAAAAGCACAAGGAUUUUCAGCCCAGGAGGAAAGCCUGCUGCAGUGGUGGAGAAACUCCUCCCCAACCGGACUCAUACCACCACUGGCCCUGCCCUGGGAGAAGGACUGAGCCAAGUCCCCAGGAGCAGCUAGAGAUGGCCAGAAGAGUAGGCUUAAGGCUACUUUUACAAACCCUGACCUAAGUUUCCAGCAGGUCUCUAGGGCACAGAGGCACAGAGACCCAAGAGAUCCACAGACUGACACAACUUCAGGUUUCCGCAUCAGUGGCCAUAGGGCAGUGGUCACGUGGGAAGAGUGUUCUAGGCAUGGCCAACGGUGGGCAUGUGCCCAAGGAGGUCUAUAGCGGAGCAAGCCUGAGGGCCUUGGCCAAUAUGAUUAAAGCUGCCAUCUUGA